GAAAAUAUCACCAUGAAUUCUGCAGAGUAGUUGAGACAUCUCCAUUCUUCCCCUCCAUCUCUUCCAAAUUUCAGAUCUCCAUUCUCUGCUCAUCAUGAAAAUGGACGCUUCCGAACCCACCGCUUUGAUUCCCUAGUUCUGAGCGUUUAUGAAUUACGAAGUGAUCGAUGGGGAAGUUUUCGUGGAGCUCGCUGGUGCCGGGAUGCUACGGCGGCCACCGGCAUCAGCGAGGGCAUGGGAAGCUGCCAAUUGCAAAGCAAAUAUCGUUCCAGCGGAUGUCGUUCUCCGACUUGAGCAACUCCACCGGUGGGAUGCUCACGCCGGAGGACAUCUCACUGUCGCUCGUAGGCUCCAACCUCUACAUCUUCAAGCUGGCGGAGCUGCACGCGGCAACGCAGGGGUUUGCGCAAAGCAACUUCCUCGGUAAGGGUGGCUUCGGCCCCGUCUACAAGGGCUUCGUCGACGAGAAGAUCAAGCCAGGCGUGGCGGCGAGGACCGUCGCCGUGAAGCAGCUCGACUUGGAGGGAAAGCAAGGGCACAAGGAAUGGCUGACUGAAGUCAUCUUCCUUGGCCAACUAAAGCAUCCAAACCUUGUGAAAUUGAUUGGAUACUGCUGUGAAGAUGAACAAAGGUUGUUGGUGUAUGAGUUCAUGACCCGGGGAAGCUUGGAGAAACUUCUUUUCAAAAGGUACUGUGGUUCUUUACCUUGGUCAACAAGACUACAGAUUGCAAUUGGAGCUGCAAAAGGUUUGGCCUUUCUCCAUGACCUCGAGAAACCUGUAAUAUAUCGGGAUUUCAAAGCUUCAAACAUCUUGUUAGACUCGGAUUACAAAGCAAUGCUCUCGGAUUUCGGUCUGGCUAAGGAUGGUCCUGAAGGAGAUGAGACUCAUGUCUCAACAAGGGUCAUGGGCACCCAAGGAUAUGCUGCACCAGAGUACAUCCUCACAGGUCACCUCACAGUAAAGAGCGAUGUGUAUGGUUAUGGAGUUGUACUACUCGAACUACUAACUGGUCAGCGGUCAGUUGACAAGAACCGGCCAAUGCGGAAGCAGAACCUAGUGGAAUGGGCAAGACCUAUUCUCAAUGACCCAAGGAGGCUUAACCAACUUAUGGACCCGUGCCUUGAUGGCCAGUACUCCAUCCAAGGUGCACAAAAGGUAGCUGCAAUGGCCUACCAGUGUCUGAGCCAGAACCCUAAGUCCAGGCCUCACAUGUCCACCGUUGUUGAGACCUUGGAGCCUCUACUAAACCUCAAGGACAUGCCCAUCGCACCAUUCGUGUACAUUGCACCUGCCGAGACUACAUCCAAUGAGGAGGAAUCAACAAAGAAUGAGGUAAAGCAAAGGCACAAGGAUAGGUCCCCCAAGGCAGGGAAGGAAGUAGGAAAUACAAAAUUUGGUAGCCCAACAACACACAACAAUCAAAAUUUGAAGAGAAACUGAGCUACAUACAUCCACACAUACUGUUGGGAUAAAAAACAUAGUAAUUGGUGCAUUAUGUAAAUUCCUUGAAACAUUGAGCCAGAGUAAUGUUGUUUUAAGCUACAAACUGAAGGAUACACUGUACAGAAUUGAUAGUAAACCAUAAGAAGAGAAUCAUAAGACAUUGUAGCAUGCAUUUUUCUGCUUAACAAGUCUUCAUUUACUUUGUUGCUUA